UGUUCUUGGCGCGCAGCGCAGGUCGCGCUCCCAACGCCAAGUACAAGUUCUCAGAGACACAGUUCGGAAUUGCUUGCUUCAGCCGCGUUGGCUCGGAAGGAGCAUCGAUGAUCAUUCUCGCUCGAGCUGAGACUGCAAGUGUGGAAGCGACUAAAGAGAUGGUCCUAAAUUAUAAGGGUUGAUCGGCGAGUCCCGAGUGCACUUUGGUCAAGCGGCAAGCCUGCAAGUUCGGGGCUGAGAAUGUGAUCGCGAUGGAGCACUGCGACCAGCCUAACCAGAACCGAUCCGUAGGGGCAAAUGGAACCAAUUCGGCCUUUCAUUACACCCCAGUGGCCACCGCCCUGGUCAGUUUGGUGGUCACCUUCAUCAUCUUCCUCACCAUCGUAGGCAACACCCUGGUGGUGGUGGCCGUUUUCACCAGCAGGUCCCUGCGGCCAGCUCAGAACCUGUUCUUGGUCUCACUUGCCUCGGCUGAUAUCCUGGUGGCCGCCCUAGUUAUCCCAUUCUCCCUGGCCAAAGAAGUGAUGGGCUAUUGGUAUUUCGGGAGCGUUUGGUGCGGGAUCUAUCUGGCUCUUGAUGUGCUCUUCUGCACCUCGUCCAUUGUCCACCUGUGUGCAAUCAGUUUGGACAGAUACUGGUCAGUGACCCGAGCAGUCGAAUAUAAUCUAAAGAGGACACCCAAACGAAUUAAGUGCAUGAUUGGCAUUGUGUGGCUAAUAUCAGCAAUCAUCUCUUUCCCGCCUUUGGUUAAAAUGGACACUCAUCGUAGCAAGCUGGGAUGCUGUGAACUCAAUGAUGAUACCUGGUACAUCCUCUCAUCUUCCAUAGUGUCUUUCUUUGCUCCGUGUGUUAUCAUGAUUUUGGUCUACUUCAGAAUCUACAGGGUGGCUAAGCAGAGGACGUCCGUGGUGUCGGUGGCCAAGAACGGAGUGGACACGGUGUCUUCCCAAACUGAGGCUAGUUUCGCAGCCAAAGGGAAAUCUGACCCGGAGAGCCCCAGCAGCCAGAGUUCCUGUAGCAACCAGAGGCAGAAGGAGCUGGAGGACAUCGACCUGGAGGAGAGCUUCUCCUCAGAAAGCAAGGCAAAAAACUCCCGGGGGUUCAACCAAAAGAAACUACAACCUCCCGGUCACUGCCCCGCGGCGCAGCAAAACCGUUUGUCUUGGAGCAACAACCAAGCCUCGCAGCUUUUCGAGCAGAGAAAAGCGCACGUCUCAACCCUAACCAAAAGCAAAAUCGCCCAGCUGCGGGAAAAGCGCUUCACCUUCGUGCUGGCCGUGGUGAUGGGAGUCUUUGUGGUUUGUUGGUUUCCAUUUUUCUUCACUUACAGCCUGGUGGCGAUAUGUGGAGAGAAAUGCUCCAUCCCCGACCCCCUCUUCAACUUUUUCUUCUGGAUCGGUUACUGCAACAGUGCUCUGAACCCAAUCAUCUACACAAUCUUCAACAGGGACUUCAGGAAGGCCUUCAAGAAAAUACUUUUUAAAAUGAACAAGCGUGCUUUGUAACUGUAUGUAAAUUGGAAGUCUUGUUUUAAUGUAUGCGGCUGUUGUAAUAUGUUGCUGCCUAUAUUUAAGAGUCUAAAGUUAAUGCAAAAAGAAAAUAAACGUCACUAAAAGAUAAAUCUGUUCUGAAAAUCUCCAUUGGAUUUUCUUUCUUCUGAGAAAGACGGCAAAAUAGAGGCAUUAUUUAAAAUUGUCUAAUAGAAAAGCUAACAUUAAAGACUUAUUGCGCGAUUUAUUUAUAAAAUAAACUGGUUAAGGUUGGGCAGAUGUCAUGGAAACGGCCGGAGGCACCUUACUCAAUGUGGUAGUAACAUUUGGAGAUUGGGGUUAAAACAUAGAAAAUAUAGAAAACCUACAGCACAAUACAGGCCCUUCGGCCCACAAUGCUGUGCCGAACAUGUAGUUACUUUAGAAAUUACCUCGGGUUACCCGUAGCCCUCUGUUUUUCUAAGCUCCAUGUACCUAUCCAGGAGUCUCUUAAAAGACCCUAUCAUAUCCGCCUCCACCACCAUCGCCGGCAGCCCAUUCCACACACUCACCACUCUCUGAGUAAAAAAACUUACCGCUGACAUCUCCGCUGUACCUACUUCCAAGCACCUUAAAACUGUGACCUCUCGUGCUAGCCAUUUCAGCCCUGGGAAGAAGCUUCUGACUAUCCACACAAUCAAUGCCUCUCAUCAUUACACGUUGUAUCAUUAGAUGUGUACUUGAAUGGAGAGCAAGCAAUAUGACACCUUUAGAUGGCAUUUGAGGUUCAUUCACGCAUUAUACAGUGAAAUGCCAUUUAAUUCCGGAUAAACAAGUUCUCUCAACGUGAUGUUUAUUCUUGCCGGAUAUUCGAGGAAAGUGUAGAACCGGAAUGAACCAGACUGCUCGGAAUCGGCAUUUGCGAUGAAAUGGAUUUACAGGGUUUUAGGCUCAGUCAUGCCCCUUAUAAAACAGAUAAAACUCAAUUCGUCGAAUGGAAUCAAUGUGUAUGUUUUUUUAAAAAUUGUGUGUAAUUGGUCUCUGAAGUCAUUUACAAGGGACACGCAAUAAAAAAAAUCAUUUUUUUGUUUAAAAUUUUAGGAUAAACAGAAAUCACCACACCAAUUACUAUCUUGUACAAUAUUGUCCAGAUAUUUUAAUAUUGUCUUUUUUACGCUUUGAGAUCUCGGGUUAAAGACUUUUAAAAAAUGAUUAUUUCAUACAAAUGCAAUACCAUCGCAGAGCAAGUUUCUAAAUUGCAAACGGUCCUGCAGUAGUUACAAGUCCGAUUACCAUUCACUUUCUUACGACAAUGUGAACCUCAAUGUGAACACGUUUUGGGGAAUAACUUUUAACAUCUGCGUUAUAAGUGAAACUAACAGUGGGGUAGAGGUAGAUUUGCACACACUGAGUCUCAUUAGGUUCCUAUUCCACUCGAUGACUCUGGGGUAUGGAGCUUACUGAUUCUUAUUAGACCACAAUUCCACACACUCAAUCUCAUCGGGGUACAGGCCCUAUAAACAUAUUCAUAUGGGGAUUUAUUCGAUUCUCUUUGUAGGUAUAAUGCAAUCUAAUAACGUUAAGAAAGAUAGAGUCAUAACAUCACAUCUGUCUAGGGAACACAAAAAUAUCUGCACUAUAGCAAAGUGAAUUAAUUAUAUCCAAGUUAUACUGCAAUUACAGCAGAAUUUAUAAAUAAACUGUGAUUGCUGUUAACAAUGUCCCAAAUAAGAACCUGCUUUCUGGAGUAAAAGGGUGAAAAAUCCUUAUAUCAUAACUUGAUUAAAAAAUCACAAUAUUGUCAUUGAAAGUAGUAUAAUCUUCAGCUUUUAUAGAUUUUCAUUUUUGCUUAUUCCUUAACUUUAAGUUGUCAUGAACUGCUAAUUAUCAUAGCUUCUUCAGAAUCAGUUUUACCAUCUGCAGCCUUGCAAGGGAACCAUUUGAUGAACAUGAUAACUUAGCUUUGAUGACUACAAUAACUUACUUUUCUCCUGAGCUCUAGUAUAUCAGUGCUUUGAAUCUCAUUGAAUACAAUACUGUGCAUAUUGAUGUUUCACCUUCCAUUUGCAAUAAAAGGUUCUAAUCUGAAGAGAACAAAACUGUCAAUUCAGUAAAUCUCCCCACAGUACUACACACUUCCACUAAAAACAGGACAAUUCCUUCCACACACUCUUUCUCAAGGAACUCAUUUGUAAAACCAAAAUAAAGUAUUCGGCUACAUAAAUAUCCAAAAUAAAUUCAAAAUGAAUUAAGGUGAAAUAUUGUUACUCCG